ACGCGAGACGGGUGGGGGGCGUCCAGAUCCAGCAGCCUCACCAUCACCACCCGCACCACAGACGAGCACCCGCGACGACUGACAAGGCGAGGCGAGCAGUCGGCGGCGAUGGGCGGCGGCGGCGCACAUGGCGGCACCACCUACAAGGGCUACACAAUCCCGCACAACAAGCGCUGGCACACCGUCGCCGGCAAGGGCCUCUGCGCCGUGAUGUGGUUCUGGGUCUUCUACAGGGCUAAGCAGGACGGUGCCACGCUCUUGGGUUUGCGUCAUCCUUGGGAUGGGCAUGAUGACCACUCUCAUGGUCAUGGACAUGGGCAUGAGGCAUCGUCAUCGUCGUCUUCACAUUAACUUCCCUACUCGUGGCUGACGGUGAUUCAGUGCUUGGCAUGUUCCAACAACUAAAGAUUGAGUUAAUAAAUUCUACCAUCCUGCAUGGGACUCAUGUUGUUCGCAACUUGUUUAGCACAAACUGGUUUUGUUACGAUUGUGCUUAUGUAUUUGAUCUGCAGCUUCAGUUCAUAUGUUGUGGAAAAGAAUCUUGUGUAUGUUGAUGUUCCUUGUGAUCAAUGCAUUGCUCUGCUUCGAAUCA